AUGGCUUCCUUCAUGGAAGACCUGUGGUCAAGCAUCUUCACCCCAGGACCCACCCCAACCCUCUUGAUCGCGACCAACGUCACCUUCGCCGCACUCCAGCUUAUCUUCCUCGCCCUCCUCCUAGCCACCUAUAGCCUUCACUUCGUCGCCCUAUCCAUCAUUAGUGCUGGACUAUGGUGGUCUAUCAACUGGUUCGCUGCCGAGGUGCAACUUGCCCAGCAGGCGCAGGAGGCCGAAAAAGAAAAACAAGAGUCUGAGGGUGACGCGAAGACGCGGAAAAGUCCCGCUGUGGGAGAAAGCGCCGAGAGCGAUACGGAGACCGAAGCCCUCGAUGUCAAGAAGACAGAUGAUAAGUCUAGUGCUGUCGCGACCGGGAGCGCAACGUCCGGGUUGCUGCCCACAGCUCGCGAUCCUAAGAAGCGGCCCAGCACUAGUGGUGAGGGGUCCGGGUAUGGAAGCACUGAUAGCGAGUGGGAGAAGGUUGAUGAUACUAAGUCUUGA